AUUGUUCCUCAGGACUUCUCUGGACCAAAGCUCUUUGACAGACCUCUUCCAGCCCCCAGCCCACCAUGGUUCCUCCAGGCAACAUUCUGUUCCUGCUUUUGCUCCCAGUGGCUGCAGCUCAGAUGACCCCAGGUUCCUGUUCCGGAUGUGGGCCCCUCUUCCUGCCACUCCUGGCGGGUCUCGUGGCCGCAGAUGCGGUUGUGUCACAGCUAAUUGUGGUGGUGGUGUUUGUGUGUGUGCGCCCACGCAGCAGGCCCACCCAAGAAGAUGGCAAAAUCUACAUCAACAUGCCUGGCAGGGGUGACUCCCCAGUAACUGCGACAUAUGACUUCUGACCCUGUCAUCCUGGAUUGUGUGUGGUGGCACAGGAAAUCCAACCCUCUUUUGGGCUGGAAUAAAGCAAUUGAAAUAC